AUGAACAUAUUUCGCUUCAUAGCAGAUCUUCUGCAUUUGGCAAGCAUUUUCAUCUUACUAUAUUCGAUUGAAAAGAAUAAGUCCGUCAAUGGUUUGUCCAUGAAGACUCGACUUCUAUAUGUCAUAGUGUUUGUUACGAGAUACUUGGACCUUUUCACUACAUACAUUUCCUUGUACAAUACAUUGAUGAAGCUAUUCUUCAUUGGGUCUUCAUGUUAUGUUGUGUAUCUAAUGUCUGUGAAAUAUGUUAAAUCUAUAAGAGAGAAUAUAGAUACAUUCCCAGUGAAGUUCAUAGUGGGUGCCGCUGCCGCGUUGUCUUUAAUUUUCACCUACAAGUACACAUUCAGAGAGGUGUUAUGGUCAUUUUCACUCUGGUUAGAGGCAGGCGCCAUUCUCCCACAACUUUUCAUGUUGCAAAGAACUGGUUCCGCAGAAAAUAUCACCACGCAUUACAUCUUCGCUUUGGGAAUAUAUCGUGCUUUGUACAUUCCAAACUGGAUUUAUCGCUACUUCACAGAGGCACACUUUGACUAUAUUGCAUUUCUUGCAGGCAUUGUUCAAACACUUGUCUACUCAGACUUCUUUUACAUCUACUACACAAAGGUUAUGCAAGGGAAGAGUUUUGAAUUGCCUGUCUGA